AGUCGACCUGUUGGUCUAGUCCGAACCCAAAACGCGGUUAAAGAGAGAAAUAAAAUAAAUAAACCGUCAUGUGCAAAGUGCAAAACGGAGCUGGUUUGACUAGAGACAAAGCCUGCACUUUUCUCUCUCCACCCGAGUUUUUCUCUGUCCAGAUUUUCCUUUUCUUCAACCGGCUGCCUCAAUAAUCUUCGACCCCAAGCGUUCGAACACUUUUGCACCGUUGAGAGUUUCAGAUCCCCCUAACAAGACGCAGAUUUAUCUAUUUUUGAAGUUGAUUUGAGAAAAGGAUGGCUAACCGUUACGAUCCCAACCCUUUCGACGAAGGAGACGAAGUUAAUCCAUUUGCUGAUGGAGGAGCAAGAGGAAAAGCAUCUGGACAACCUAAGUUUAGUGGAGGCUCAUUUUUUACAACGACUGCUGGAAGUGUUCCACCUGUGACAAACUCAAGGCUUUCACCCCUUCCUCCAGAGCCGGCUGAUUUCUACAAUCCUACAGCUGUGGACAUUCCACUUGAUAGUGCUUCAGAUUUGAAAAAGAAAGAGAGAGAACUUCAGGCUAAGGAAGCUGAACUGAAAAAGAGGGAACAGGAAGUGAGGCGUAAAGAAGAGGCUGCUGCACGAGCUGGCAUUGUUCUUGAAGAGAAAAAUUGGCCUCCGUUUUUCCCCAUUAUUCAUCAUGAUAUUGCAAAUGAAAUACCAGUUCAUCUGCAGAGGCUGCAAUAUGUUGCAUUUACAACCUUUCUGGGACUGGUUAUUGCCCUCCUAUGGAAUGUUAUAGCAGUGACUACAGCAUGGAUCAGACAUGAAGGUGCAACAAUCUGGUUUCUUGCCAUCAUCUACUUCAUAUCGGGGGUCCCUGGGGCCUAUGUGUUGUGGUACCGUCCGCUUUACCGCGCUUUUAGGACUGAAAGUGCCAUGAAGUUUACUUGGUUUUUCUUGUUUUACUUGCUUCACAUUGGCUUCUGCAUCUUUGCUGCUGUGGCACCUCCUGUAGUUUUCCGAGGAAAAUCCCUCGCAGGGAUCCUGCCAGCUGUGGAUCUUAUAGGCGACCAUGUAUUGGUUGGGAUAUUCUACUUCAUUGGGUUUGGACUUUUCUGCUUGGAGUCAGUUCUCAGCAUCUGGGUCAUUCAGCAAGUUUAUAUGUACUUCCGAGGCAGUGGAAAAGCUGCGGAAAUGAAGCGUGAGGCCACUCGGGGGGCCUUGAGGGCCGCAAUUUAAGAUUGUGCUAAAAUGUGUACUUACUCAUCGAGAUUUUAAUUUUUAAAAUGCUAUCUUUGUUUUUUCUUCUUUUUUGAGUGAACGUUGAGGGAAGGGGGGGAUAGAAGACGAAAGACUUAGACAACGAAUCUUUAUUCUAUCUGUAAAUCUUCAUUGUUUUUUUACGUUUAUUCCGUCAUGUAUGGUCCGAGUAUGUUUUUGGUUUAUUCCGUCAUGUAUGGUCCGAGUAUGUUUUUGGUUUUCACUCUCGAGUUGUUCAUUUGGGUUUGUUGUAGUGAAGGCAUAAUGAAUUUCGAAACGAAAAGCUUAUCCAAUUGCAUCUUUAUGUAUCUAUGUACAUUAGGUUCCAUCAGUCUCCAAAAGACCAUUUUCUUUAUGUAUAAAAUCUACAGAAAGACGUUACUUUGUAAAUGUAAAAUCUGCUGUCUCCAAUAGCAAGCACUGGCAAGAACUUAUGUGCAGCCUUCUUUGAGCGGUGCUACAAAACCAAAUGCCAGAGAAUUAUGCCCCG